GAAAGCUGUUGCCAAGUUGUUGAAUGUCAUUUAGGAGAGUCUGUGGCCCUCCGGUUUGCUCCAAGGUGGAAAUCUGAGUUGAAUUAAGGAACUCUGGGAGAGGACGUGGUGUAAUGAGAGGAAAGCAUUUUCUCUGCAAAUUUGAUAGGUCUGAAUGGGAGCAGGUCAUUUCCCUGCCAGAAUGACAAGGCUUGAGGCUGGGGUUUUUACAAUGUGGUAUCUGUGGGCAAGAGGGCAGAGCUGAGGCAUAAACCUCAAACAAAUUCUUUAUCACUUCCAAAUAAUAGCUUAUUCAGGCAGUUGGAGAGUAUUAGGGCAACUUGACUAAACAUGGAAGUUCCAAUAAGUGCUUGUCUAGUCCAGCCAGGGGGAGUGAUGUCAUUGCCACGUGUUUCCCACCAAGGCACAAAAGCCUGCUGGCUGCUGGUGCAAUUAAGAGCCAUGUUUAGACAAGAGCAGCUAACCUGGCCCACUGGUUCCCAGCUACAUUAGCUCGUGGAUUUUCAGGCCAUUCCUGGAGGCUGUGGUUCCUUCUUGCUGCCUCUGUGUCCGCUCUGAGUGGGGGUCCCCAGGCUUCCUUGAGGAUGGAGGAGGCUCCAGGGCAGUGGAUGAUGCUAACGGGCCCAACAAUGACUCUGAACAAUGUCACCAUGCGCCAGGGCACUGUGGGCAUGCAGCCACAGCAGCAGCGCUGGAGCAUCCCAGCGGAUGGCAGGCAUCUGAUGGUCCAGAAAGAGCCCUACCAGUACAGCCAGUACAGCCAUCACCCUGCUGCCCCUGACGACCACUGCCGCCGGAGCUGGUCCUCUGACUCCACAGACUCAGUCAUCUCCUCUGAGUCGGGGAACACCUACUACCGGGUGGUGCUCAUAGGGGAGCAGGGGGUGGGCAAGUCCACUCUGGCUAACAUCUUUGCAGGCGUGCAUGACAGCAUGGACAGCGACUGCGAGGUGCUGGGAGAAGAUACAUAUGAGCGAACACUGAUUGUUGAUGGGGAAAGUGCAACAAUUAUACUCCUGGACAUGUGGGAAAAUAAGGGGGAGAACGAGUGGCUCCAAGACCACUGCAUGCAAGUUGGGGAUGCCUACCUCAUCGUCUACUCCAUCACAGACCGAGCCAGCUUUGAGAAGGCCUCCGAGCUGCGAAUCCAGCUCCGCAGGGCCCGGCAGACAGAGGACAUUCCUAUAAUUUUGGUUGGCAACAAAAGUGACCUUGUGCGGUGCCGGGAAGUGUCUAUUUCAGAAGGGAGAGCGUGUGCGGUGGUGUUUGACUGCAAGUUCAUCGAGACCUCCGCGGCUGUCCAGCACAACGUGAAGGAGCUGUUUGAGGGCAUUGUGCGACAGGUCCGUCUUCGGCGGGACAGUAAAGAGAAGAACGAGCGGCGGCUGGCCUACCAGAAAAGGAGGGAGAGCAUCCCCAGGAAAGCCAGGCGCUUCUGGGGCAAGAUUGUGGCUAAAAACAACAAGAACAUGGCCUUCAAGCUCAAGUCCAAAUCCUGCCAUGACCUGUCUGUGCUCUAGGCACCCAGAGUCACCCAGAUGUCUCCCUGAUGGACAUCGUUGAAGGCCAUUGGGACUGAUAAUCUAUAUUAGAUUGGAUCAUUAAAUAUUGUUAGAUGUGGCUUCCCCUACUGCAGCAGGGAAUUAAUGUGUUAGCCUCAUGGGCAACAAAAUGCAUGGGAAUUGAAAGAUCUUUGUCAAGAGUCAGUAUUUGCAGGAAAGGCCUGACCUUUCUAUCUGAGCACCCGACUCAUUAGAGGAUGUGUUUGGUGUUCACACGUGUUUCCUCUUUCCUUUGGAUGGUAGAGAAUUGAAGCGUAUAAAAGAAUGCCUAGAUAAAGAACUUCACAUUAUUAAAAUUUUCCCCAGUGUUCUGAUAUGUGAA